AUGCAAAGAUUAAAAUUAAGAGCACCGAAAGUAGGAGGAAUUAGGCACAAGAGAGAGUACAAGGGGCAGUUGUGAAAACAUAGCUGACUAUUAGUGAGAGGGCGGCGAGAUUUGAAAGAUGAGUAUGUCUGCUUCUACAACCACUUUCACCGGAAAGGACCAACUCUCCCUUCCCCGCAAUUCUUUCCCUCAGCCCACAAUUUGCUAUGAAGGUCAAGUGCUGGACUCUCUCCUCGCAGCAAUUAAGAGGGAGAUAGCGACGGCCAGAAACUCUAACAUGGCUUUACCUGAAAAAUUUUGGUUUAAGCAACAGUUUUCAGUAGGGGUGAAUGAAAUAACGCGGGUGCUUGAGAGAAUGCCUCCCGUUCCUGCUAAUGAUCGUUCAUCACUAUCGCUUAAAAUGCAUUCUACUCGACUUCAGGUUAUACUAGUAGCAUCUGAUUGUCAUCCACGGUUGCUGACCAAACAUCUGGAAAGCUUGGCUAAUUCAAAAAACGUACCAGUUGUAUUCGUCAAAGACAAGAAAAGAGGUUCUUUGAGAUUGGGUGAACUAAUAAAACUUAAAACUGCAAUUGCCAUUGGCGUUAAGGAUAAAGGAAACCAGUUUAAUCAAUUUAUCGGCACAGAAAUACUCCAUAAGUUCGAAUGACUAGAUUGCAAUUGAGGCUUCAUAUACAGACAUUGAUCAAUUGUGUAUUGUGGAGGUGCAUCUGGUUUUCUAUUACAAAUCUUGUAAAAGUGAAGUAAUAUGUAGUUUCAAGAAGCUUUUAUCAUCUUUACAAUGACAUAAACAUCAAGGAAGACAACUUACACGGUAUUGGUGCUGAACUAUACCAUGUAGCAGAGGCCUAUUGAAUUUUAUAUCUUAAUCUUAGCUGAGUAACGUAGCUGGUUGAUUCA